GGCGGGGGAAGGAAGAGGAGGCGGGAUCCGGGCGCUGCGUUGGCUGCGGCCUGGCACGAAAGGGGCGGCCCCGGCGGAGAGCAGACCCAGUAGCCCGGGCGAUUAUGGACCCGGCAGAGGCGGUGCUGCAGGAGAAAGCGCUCAAGUUUAUGGCUGCAGUUCCGGCUGGUGGAUAUUGGAGGAAUAAUAAAAAGUGCUCUAUGCCCAGGUCUCUGUGGCUGGGCUGCUCCAGCCUGGCGGACAGCAUGCCCUCGCUGCGAUGCCUGUAUAACCCAGGGACUGGCGCACUCACAGCUUUCCAGAAUUCCUCAGAGAGAGAAGACUGUAAUAAUGGCGAACCCCCUAGGAAGAUAAUACCAGAGAAGAAUUCACUUAGACAGACUUACAACAGCUGUGCCAGGCUCUGCAUAAACCAAGAGACAGUAUGUCUAACAAGCACUGCUAUGAAGACUGAAAAUUGUGUGGCCAAAACAAAACUUGCCAAUGGCACCUCCAGCAUGAUUGUGCCCAAGCAGCGGAAACUCUCAGCAAGCUAUGAGAAGGAAAAGGAGCUGUGUGUCAAGUACUUUGAGCAGUGGUCAGAGUCUGAUCAAGUGGAAUUUGUAGAACACCUUAUAUCUCAAAUGUGUCAUUACCAGCAUGGGCACAUCAACUCCUAUCUAAAGCCUAUGCUGCAGAGGGAUUUCAUAACUGCACUGCCAGCACGGGGUCUGGACCAUAUUGCUGAGAACAUUCUGUCAUACUUGGACGCCAAAUCACUGUGUGCUGCUGAGCUUGUGUGCAAGGAAUGGUACCGCGUGACGUCGGACGGCAUGCUGUGGAAGAAGCUCAUCGAGAGGAUGGUCAGGACAGACUCUCUGUGGCGAGGCCUGGCAGAGCGCAGAGGGUGGGGACAAUACUUAUUCAAAAACAAACCUCCUGAUGAGAAUGCGCCUCCCAACUCCUUUUAUAGAGCGCUUUAUCCUAAAAUUAUACAAGACAUUGAGACAAUAGAGUCCAAUUGGAGAUGUGGGCGACACAGUUUACAGAGAAUCCACUGCCGGAGUGAAACAAGUAAAGGGGUCUACUGUUUACAGUAUGAUGACCAGAAGAUAGUCAGCGGCCUUCGAGACAACACCAUCAAGAUCUGGGAUAAAAGCACACUGGAAUGCAAGCGGAUUCUCACAGGCCACACAGGCUCUGUCCUGUGUCUGCAGUAUGACGAGAGGGUGAUCAUCACGGGCUCCUCAGACUCCACCGUCAGAGUGUGGGACGUAAAUGCAGGGGAGAUGCUAAACACAUUGAUUCACCACUGUGAAGCCGUCCUGCACCUGCGCUUCAAUAACGGCAUGAUGGUGACCUGCUCCAAAGACCGAUCCAUUGCUGUGUGGGAUAUGGCUUCCCCAACUGACAUCACCCUCAGGAGGGUGCUGGUGGGGCACCGAGCUGCGGUCAAUGUUGUCGACUUUGAUGACAAGUACAUCGUUUCUGCCUCUGGAGACAGAACCAUAAAGGUGUGGAACACAAGUACCUGUGAAUUUGUAAGAACCCUAAAUGGGCACAAGCGUGGUAUCGCCUGUUUGCAGUACAGAGACAGGCUGGUGGUGAGCGGCUCCUCUGACAACACCAUCAGGCUGUGGGACAUAGAGUGCGGUGCAUGUCUGCGAGUGUUGGAAGGCCAUGAGGAAUUGGUACGCUGUAUUCGAUUUGAUAACAAAAGGAUAGUGAGUGGGGCCUAUGAUGGAAAAAUUAAAGUGUGGGAUCUUAUGGCUGCUCUGGACCCGCGUGCUCCUGCAGGGACUCUUUGUCUACGGACGCUUGUGGAGCAUUCUGGAAGAGUUUUCCGACUCCAGUUUGACGAAUUCCAGAUUGUCAGUAGUUCACAUGAUGACACAAUUCUCAUCUGGGACUUCCUAAAUGAUCCAGCCACUCAUGCUGAACCGCCCCGCUCCCCUUCUCGAACAUACACCUACAUCUCCAGAUAAAUAACCCGACACUGGCCUCAUAAUUGCCCAGGACUCGUUAAUGUUGCAGUAUUUAACAUACCUGCCAAGACCAGGAUGAACAACAACAAUCAAACUCCCACCCGGAUUCCUGGACGGAUCAGCGAGGAGCAGGGCUUUGAGACUCCUGUUGGGACACAGCCGGUCAGCAGCCGACCAGGACGGUCUGCUCGGCACACCGGCUGCUUCAGUGCUGCUAUCAGAAGAUGUCUUUAUCUUGUGUGAAUGAUUGGAACUUUCAGGCCUCCCUCCCCUUUCCUUCCCCCUUCCUCUGCACCUGUUUCUCUCCCAUUGGGUUCCAGACAAAGAUGACUUAUAAAUAUAUUUAGUGUUUUGCCAGAA